AAAAUGGAGAUGUUUAACAAAGAGCUAAAAUAUACUGAUAUCCAAUUUCAGUUCUCAUUCCCAUCUCGUUCUUUACAGUAUCUUGAUUUCGCAGGGGAAUUUUUUGUUGAUUUGAAAGUCAAAGACAGCAGCGGUAAGCUUCGGGUAAUUCGUUGCAGGAAGAGAUCAAAUGGAGUUUACAACAAGCCAUGGCUUUCUAUAGGCUGGCUUCAAUUUGUUGCCGACUAUGAACUGAGAAUUGGUGACAGGGUUGUUCUCCUUCGUGAGGAUGACCAUCGCCUCGGGUCACGGUUCAGGGUUGAAGCUAAGAGAAAAAUCAUCUUGUUUGGCGAGGAGGUUUGGGGUGAUGUGCCUCGAGCUAACUAGUUAUUAUUUGCAUGUUGGAGCGGGCAUGUAUAUAUACAUGCACAAUAGAGAGAUCCAAGCGUGGUGUGCUUCCUUAAAUUCAUGCUAUAUAUGUGCUUCUGCUUUAUUGUUUCUAGUCAUAAUUAAUUAGCAUCGUUCUAGCUAAUUAAAUGGUUGUAUUGCUGUUCUUGAUUGCUUGUUUAUUUAUGUAUUUUGAAAUAUAUUUGCGC